UUGACACAAUCUAAGUGUAAAAGCUAGGGAAAAUGACAGGGCUUGGAUCUUCAUGCGGAGCAUGCAAAUUCCUAAGGAGAAAAUGCACUAAUGAGUGUGUUUUCGCACCCCACUUUUGCUAUGAUGAAGCUGCAGGUCACUUUGCCGCCGUGCACAAGGUGUUUGGUGCUAGCAAUGUCUCCAAGCUGUUACUACACUUACCGAUACAUAACCGAAGCGAUGCGGCCGUCACAAUAUCCUACGAAGCACUGGCUCGAAUCCGGGACCCCGUUUACGGUUGCGUCGCUCAUAUCUUCACACUUCAACAACAGGUUGCCAGCCUACAAGAGGAGAUUGAAGUUCUCAUUCACCAAAUCGCAAAUCAUGUUGUUGAGAUUCCCAGCAAUGGAAAUCUUCAAGCAGAAACUUACUUGGAUGAUAAGAUACAACUUGCUUCCAUGGAUCAAACUAUGAACAUAAUCCAUUAUCAAGAUGAACAAGCUAUUCUGGCUGACCCGCAAGGAUUCAUAACUGGAAAUCAAAUUAUCCAUACUGAAUUUCGUGAAGAAGACUCAGUUCCACCUUUCAAAUGGGUGGAACACCAGAUAUUUCUCUCCGAUCUCUAUCGAAAUCCUUUAGAAAUAGACUUCGAAGGACUCGAAUCCGGAGGCCUCAUAGAUGAUCCACGCAUGGGGAACACUGGGACUCCUUCUAUCUGGGAGUAAAUUUCAAGCUUUUAAACAAGGAUUUGGCUCUUUAAUAUAAGAGCCUUGUUUCCA